AUGGACUUUACAGAAAUAUUCAAACAGUCUUCAGGUCUUGUAUCCUUUAGCCCUGGGGCCCACUUCUUGUUGACUGCUGCAACCGACCGCGUCAUCAUCCGUCGCGCAGACACCUUCCAGAUCUCCCGCUCUUGGGCCAUCGACCCUGCCCCAUCUGCCACCGCCUCCUUACCUUCAUCUUCUGGAACGUUUCAGACGCCGACAAUCACGCACCUCGCAUGGUCCUCUGACUCGGAGUUCGUGCUUGCUGCAUGCGCAAAGGCGGGCGUCGUACAUGUGUUCAGGAUGAGCGAUGAUAGGUGGUAUACGAAGGUUGAGGCUGGCGUAGAGGGUUUGACAAGAGCAGAGUGGGCACCAGACGGUAGACACAUAGUUUGUUUUUCUGACUGGGCUCUUCGCGUUACCAUCUGGUCGCUCGUCAGCGGCGUGGCGACGUACAUCCAAUAUCCAUUACAUCCUGACCGAGGCUAUACUUUCAGACGCGAUGGGCGCUAUUUUGUGCUUGCUGAGCGCCAUAAAUCAAAAGAUACCAUAGGCGUCUACGACGCAGCGGAAGAGUAUAGGCUCGCACGACAUUACCCCCUACCGACGUCCUACAUGUCAUCUCUAUCCCUCUCACCGACGGGCAAUCAUUUGGCCAUAUGGGAAGGCCCCAUGGAGUAUAAGCUCUACAUACUAUCGCUCGCGGGAGACGUGCUCGGGACGUUCACGCCAGACGUGGAUCCCGGGUUUGGGAUACGAACCGUGGCGUGGCAUCCUUCGGGGAUGUUCCUUGCUGUGGGCGGCUGGGACGACAAGAUCCACAUAUUGGAAAAUUUGACGUGGUCGAGAGUGGCCACGCUCGAGCUCGUAUCUAGAAUACCGGCAGGGACGACUGUCUGGAGAGAACCAACGAAUUGGAUUGAAGCGACGGAAGGGAGAGGAUUCUUGUCAUAUGAACGUCUAAGAACUCCACAUGCAUUAAACGUGCUCAAAGCCGACAUAUCGAAAGCCAACCCGAAAUGUGGCCCAGUGCAGCUCGAAUUCAAUCACACAGGAACAGCCCUCCUCGUCCGGUUUGAGAACGUGCCACACGCGAUUCAUUUGUUCUCCUUCCCAGAACCAGGAGAGCCAUUCACGCCCGCACUGCGCAGCGUCCUGCUGCAUUCACGGCCUGUACAACAAGCGCGAUGGAAUCCCCAACGAAGAGGGAGCAUGGCUGCGUGCUGUGGUGGACGGGCGAUGUAUAUGUGGAGCGAUGAGUGGGUCGGGGAAGACGGCGUGGCGGAGGAGAUGGCGGAGUGUGUCGGUGUACCUGCGAAGACGUUCGAUGCGAGGGAUUUGAAGUGGGCGCCGGACGGGAAGGGGAUGAUUUUGUUGGACAGGGACGCAUUUUGUUGUGCGUUCGAGGUAGAGGACGGCCUGCCUGAGGAGGGCUAUUAACGCGAUGCGAUUCUGGAUGUCGAUGGUGACGAUAUGCUACAGCUUGUUGCAAUAUUCUUUACCGUAUUAUCCUCUCUCCGC